AUGGCGUUUGUCCUUACCCCCCGCUUCGCACCCGCCUACCAGGCACCGCAGUGCAACCCCUUUGGCUACUGCGCCCCAGUAUCACGACCCUCACACGGUUACCGCGUCGCUCGUCCCCAGCCUCGUCGUCCCCAAUACUCGCCUUACAACAACUUCUUCAGCCAGGUCGAUGAGCUAUUGAGCGAGAUCGACCGCGAAGCACAGCGCCAGGCACAGAUCGAGGCACACCGCGAGGCACUACGCGAAGCCUACCGCCAGCGACAGCUACAACGCAAGCGCGCACUUCGCGCCGAGUUCCAAGUCAACCCGGUGGAGCAGGGAUGGCAGGUAGACGGCGACAUCCACGGCUUCAACCAAGACAACAUCAACAUCGAGGUCAUCGAUGAACAGACGCUGAAGAUUGCGGGCAACACCCACUGGCAGUCGGAGCCGUCGCAGCCUCAGGCACAGCAACCUCAAAUCGAAGCCGAGCCCACGUCCGCUCCCGCCGACCAACACCCCAUUGCCAUGCAAUCCGAACAGGAAGUCGAGACCACUACCGACGCCGACACUACAACGACCGGCGCCGCGACACCAGAUACCGACAGUGUCAGCGAUACCGCAAGCCAGAAGUCAUACCAAGCGACCGUAGAGGACGACUUUGAAGACCUUGCCGCCGACUUCCCCAACUCGCGCCCUUCAUCUCCUACCGAACCCCGCGAGCCCAAGGGCAAGGAGAAGGCAGUCGAAGAGCCUGCCUCCACCGAGACUGCGGUAGCAACUCAGCCACAACCUGAAGCACCAGUUCAGCAGCAACAGCCACAGCCACAGGAGCAGUCGCAACAACAAGAACGCAUCCACGGGUCGUUUGAGCGCACCUUCAGGUUUCCGGAACGCAUUGAUGCAGCUAAUGUGGGCGCUAGCUUCAAGGAUGGUGUGCUCAGGGUCACCGUUCCUAGGGCGCAGAAGGUGCAGGUUAGAAGGAUCGCUAUC